AUGGCGGCAGAGGUCAUCUUGGCGGCAGAGGUCAGACAGCAUGGCGGCAGAGGUUCGCGGUCAGUCAGCGUGGCGGCAGAGAUCAGCAGCAAUGCGGGAGUGGUUAGACAGCAAGGCGACAGGACCGCAGAGGUCAACAGCACGGCGCACUUCUGUGAGCUCAAGGUAACAAAGGUUCAGGACAUGAGUAUCUGUCUAUGUCGCACCAGGAGUGUCACACGCACCAUUCAACCAACCAUCAUUGACGGAUUUUGA